AUGUUGCAAUUCGAUCCCAGUAUAUUACAGCCGACACCCUCAUCAAGCAGUAUCACUGAUAAUAUCAGACAUGUCUGUGUUCGACGAACAGUGAUUCGCGGAGAGCCAACAACAUCAGCAUCUCAUGACUGUUCUCCAGUGAAGUUUCUACAGCGGGGCGACUUCAUAUCUUUGCUACACGAAAACCAGGCACGUUUUUAUCAGUGUUUGUACAACAGAAGUCGUUAUCUGAAGCACAUUGUGCAUCGUAUUCGAAAAGAUGGUGCAAAAUUUGAACGUUUCAGUCAGAAUCGCGAAUUAGUUCAGUUUUUGAAUUCAUUUGCUGAUAAAACCUUGCCAUUGCCGGAAGGCUGGCAACUGAAUGGUGGUGGCAUGAAUGAACAGGUAAGUGAACAUGAAUCUGUUGGAAUAAAAUAUAAAUUUAACUAA